AUGACGUCACCAAGCGCCAUAUUGCAGGUGAGUGCGUUGAUUUAUGGGAAGGAUGUUUUACGCUUUUUCUCAUCCGGGAAACUUGCUUCCUGUGACCUUCAUUUUACCGGCGUAAGGAAGACAACGUGGUUUCACACGCGAUUGUCUUUUCUUUGCCAAAACACAAUUUUAAACGCUCGUCACCGCCUAAUUGGAAUGAGCAAAGAUCUCUUAGACUACCCUUUCUGCCAUGAUGUCAACAAAUACGAAAGGAUGGUUAAAAUUGGCCAAGGAACCUUCGGGUUUGUUGACUGUUUCAGUCCGCCAUUUUGAUAAUUCGACUUGCUUUGUCGUUACGUUCAACGACAUUGAUUGUAAGAAUUAUUUUGCAGCGAGGUGUUCAAGGCACGCAACCGAAAGAAUACCAAAGAAAUCGUUGCCCUCAAGAAGGUCCUCAUGGACAACGAGAAAGAAGGGGUAUUUAAUGUUCUUGUGAAUACAUGCUUUCCUUAGUGUUAAUUUCGUAGAGUUCCAUGUUUGUUUUGUAGUGACUGAACUUUUGGUGUUUUUUGCACCAUAUGUUCAGUUCCCUAUCACGGCCCUCAGAGAGAUUAAGAUCCUUCAGUUGCUGAAGCAUGAGAAUGUGGUUAACCUGUUGGAGAUUUGUCGUACUAAAGGUAAGUCGUGUUGUCCUCCCUUCGCCUACGUAAUAUGUGUCAGAAUGCAUGGUUUUAGAGUGUUUUUGCUAUGGAGCUGUUUUUGUGUCUUGCUGGAUACCUUUUGAUAAUAUGAGCCCACAUUAAGAUUUAUAUUCAAGAUGUGGAUUGUUAGUGCUUUGAUAUUCUCUUCUUAAAUUGACCACUUAAUUUUUUUAAGGAAAGUCCAAGACAUUACGAAAUGUUAAGAUGUGGAACAUUUUUGCCAAAAAAUGUCUUGCAUUGACCAAAGAGGCUAAACGUAAUCUUAUGAUAACUGGGUGACAUCCUGCAUGCUCAUUUAUGGAGAGCUAUGGUCUGUGAUAUUAUAGACCAAGGCAUAGGCGUACGGGAAAUUUUUUGCCAGGGGGGGCGGUAAACCAUUUGCCCGAAAAUAUCUUACAAGUUGCCCAAAUUUUUACGAAAGAGUCGAAGAGAAACGAGGGCCAUAUUGCAACAACAUAGGCUGUCCUGGCAUAUGAAGGUGGCUCGACACAGUUUUUCAUGGUCAAUACCAAGUCUGAGCAUAAACUACGUCGCCAUAAACAAACAUUUGGAAAAACUGCGACCAUCAGGGUCGCAAUGACAUCGGAGUUGUCAUAGCAACGAAAUGACUCCAUUACCUAUUUUACUUCAGCAAUGAUUCUCGGGACGGGAACCUUACAAGCUUACGGUCGCUAGGAUGUUUGUGAAGUUUAAGCAAAACCUCAAGAGCGUUAUCGAGAUGUUUUGCAAUGAAGUUUUUAUUAUUAGAAAUUUGGUAGGAAAAGGAAAAUCUUGAUUUUUGGCCGUUAUCUGUAGAGAACGAAGCGCUUUUGACCUGCAAUUUCACCUCAUAGUAGUUUUAAUCUUUUUAAAAACAUGUGUGAAAGAUCGUGGAGAUGGCUUUGCUUGAUUGCUAGAAUUGAAAGAAGGAUUUGAUUAGUAUGUACCGAGACAUUCUUGUUAGCAGUUUUGUAAACAUUUCGGUCUACUUUAACAAAUUAGCGAAUUAUUUUAAACCGCUCAAUAGAUUUUUUGAACGAAUUAAGAUUCUUCUCGUAAUUCAAACUGAGAAUUAGUCAGCCACUUCUUAAUUUUCAUACCCAUUGUAGCCUGCGUAGCAAGCGUUUCCAGUCGAACUCGCGUGGAAAUGCUUGCUAUGCAGGUAAUAGCCCAUUUGCUAAAUGCUAUCUGCCAUACACUGUUAUAGCCCAUUCCAGAGUGCAGUAGAGAUGAUCCUAGAAAGCUAUCAAAAAUUUAUUUUAAUCAAUUCUCGACUUGAAAUAGCCCAUUCCAGCUAGUGCAGUGCAGUAUAGUGCCCAACCAAAAAAAAAAACUGCAAAUAUGUAAAUUACUCAUCCAGAUGCAUGCUAAGCAACCACUGUAAUGUAUCUGGAUUAUUUUACGCCUCUCCUCCCUUCUUUUUUUCGACUUCAGGUUAAUAUUCAGGUCUUUAAAAUAAUUAAAUAAAAUGGAGACGUCUUUAAAAACUGGCUUUGCCCAAAUUUUCUCUUUCUCUGCCCAAAAAAUUGUGCUCAUCUGAGUUGCCCAAAAUUUGGGGGCUGCAGCCCCUGAUGACCCACAAAGGGUAGAAAGGACCUGGAUCCACACGGGCGGUUACGGGCUAUGGACCAAGGGAAUGACCUGAUGGGGAAAUUGGCCCAAAUUUUCUCUCGCUGCCCAAAAAAUCUGAGUUGCCCAAAAUUUGGGGGGGCCCGUAUGCGCAUGGACCAAGGGAAUGACCUAAUGGGGAAACUGGCUGCUUUGAUACAAAUUCAUUUUGAUGCACACCCAAGCAGUGAAAUUGCAGAAAAGUUUCGUUCACUUCAUGCAUCAGUGCUUGACUUUCAGAAAAAAAUGUUGGGGCCAACUGGCCCCCAAGUUUUCAUUUUUGGUCGGCAGAACAACACAGUAUUCUAGUCGCCAAAAAUUAUAUUUAGGAACUAAAAGAAUACAAUAAACUUAAGCUCUUUUACUUAGCCAUACCAGAGAAAGAAUGCUUUAGACUUCCUUUGAACUUUCUUUCGAGUAGUUUUCGCUUGAGGCUCGGUUACCAGCUGGUGUUCAGGAAAAUGAACCCGCACUCAAGCGUACAUCUCCUCAAACAAGUAUUCAAGCAAUGGAAUACACAAUUCGAUAAACAAACUUUGGGAAUCACAAAAAAUCUUAUUUCUGUUAUUAAAGAAGAAAAUCUGCAAAAUUUGUCUUGCAUCCCAUGUAUUGGCAUAUUCAGAAAUGAACAUCAGUGAAACUUGAUCUAUUUCACAGUUGCCUAGCAUGUGAUCGAAAGUCUCCAGAAAGAGAAAACGUCGCUAAUGUUUUCGGGCAAAGCAGGUUAUUUCGUGAGAAGUCUGUGAGACAAACAGCGUGAGUUCAAUGGUACUUCAUUAGAAGUCAAAAUAUGGCAGAGCUUUUGCUCAACAGAAAUUUUCAUGAAGUUGUUUACAAGAGGCUUGAAAAAUAUGCGCCGUCGUUCUCGAUUAGCUUAAGCUUUUACCGGACUAAUCUGCUAUUGAGUCCGCAAUCUAGAUAUGUGUUCGACAUAAAGAAACAGUUUUAAAUAAGUGCUAAAAUUCAUUGCCAGAGAAACACAGGACGACCUAUUGAGAAUUAUGAUCGAUUUGCCCAGAAGUCGAUAAGACUUCCGUCGAAUUCGUCACUUGUGAUUUUCACAAUCCUGUUUCAAGUAAAAGUCAAACAUUAGACGGACCAACUGUUUGAUCACAAGAACAAUCCGUUUGAGUGUUGGAAGAAAUCGUUAAAGCGUUUAGACAAAUCGUUAAAACGUUUAGACAAACCGGUAAAGCAUUUGGGCAAAACAUUAGAGCAUUAGAGAAACCGCUCUACCUACUCUAGCUAGGUAUUUUUAUUUGAUGGUGCUGUCCCACUUGGAUUGGUUAAAAAGUUGUCAUGCAUUUAUGCUCGGCACAGUAAAUUGGCCCCAACAGCUGGCAUUAUAGAAAAAGUUAUGUUAUUCACUUGUCAGUUUACCUGGGAUCUAAACCUGGUUUAAACAAAAUUCAUGUGAAAGAGAUAAUUAUAAUAAUUGGCAUAAAUUUGUACCGCUAUUAUUUUUCAAAAGUGAUACUUUCAUUCGAAAAAUUUUGUCAAUUACAUGAAGAGUGCGCCUUUGUCCCUGGUAGCAGUGAAGAUGCAGUUUGUCAACAGACUUACUGGCCUCACCAAAAUCGCAGGAAAAACAACGAAAGUUAAUAAAUAAUCUACAGCUUGGAUGAUUCUGGGGCUCAUGUCCUUAAUGAAGACCUGUUUACUAACUCUCUCACUUCCUCUUUUGUAGCAUCUCCGUACAAUCGUAACAAGGGGAGUAUCUACCUUGUGUUUGAGUUUUGUGAACAUGACCUUGCUGGCCUGCUGAGCAAUCAUAAUAUCAAGUUCUCAUUGUCAGAGAUGAAGAAGUUAAUGCAGAUGUUGUUGAAUGCACUCUACUUCAUCCACAGCAAUAAGAUCCUACAUCGAGACAUGAAGGCUGCAAAUAUUCUCAUUACUAAGAAUGGUGUUUUGAAACUAGCUGACUUUGGGCUAGCUCGUGCUAUUCAUCUAAACAAAGAACAAACACAACGCUACACCAACAGGGUAGUCACUCUUUGGUACAGACCACCGGAAUUGUUACUAGGAGAGAGAAAUUAUGGCCCACCCAUUGAUUUAUGGGGUGGAGGCUGCAUCAUGGCAGAGCUUUGGACACGAACACCUAUAAUGCAAGGAAAUUCGGAGCAGCACCAGUUGACCCUAAUAAGUCAUCUAUGUGGCUCAAUAACAACUGAAGUGUGGCCUGGAGUGGAAAAGCUGGAUUUGUUCAACAAGAUGGUGCUUCCUGCAAAUCAGAAACGGCGUGUCAAGGAAAGGCUGCAUAGCUAUGUGAAAGAUAAACUUGCACUUGAUUUGAUUGAUCAGAUGUUGAAUAUUGACCCAACCCACAGAAUUGACGCAGAUACUGCUUUGAAUCAUGAUUUCUUUUGGAGUGAUCCUUUGCCAACUGACCUCACUCGUACUCUGAGUUCUGUCAGUACUUCCAUGUUUGAGUUUCUGGCACCACCUCAUGGACGCAGAGGACAGGUACAGGCUACUGCAGCUGGUGCCCAGGCUCGUGCUGCUGCUGCGGCUGCAAAUCAGUCCAGUGUUGUUCAAAGUGGAACAUUUGACAGGGUAUUUUAAUUUUAUAUUAUGGACAUGAUUGACUAAGUUGCAUUUAUGACUGUCAACGUAAUAUUAUAGUGAAGUAUACAAAAAAUGUUAUUGUAUUUAAGGCAUUAAUCACAGCAAAUAAAUGAAAGACACAGGGAGAAAUACAAACAAAAUAGAAAACAACAAAAAAAUUGGAAAAGAAAAAGAAAAAAGCAACAAAAAAAACAAAACAAAAAGAAUUUACCAACAAAAAAUUUCAAAAAUUUUUGUAAGAGAAAGAAAAAAACCAUAAAUAUGAAGGUCAUGCUUUUAAACCUCAAAAUCAAAGAUUUGUAUUGCAGUGUGUUGUGUAACCAUUGAUGCAAUUCUCAAGCUCCUUGCUAGUUUGUUUUGUUAACAAGGCUUGGUACAAUUUUGUAGUUCAUAAACUUAAAAUAGUACAGUGCUAAUAGAACAAUAAUAUCCUUAAAAACAUUAAUUCUAGCAGUGAAACGUUAUUGCUGUAUAAGUAUUGUGUAUACGCAGACUGUGAAAGAAAUCACAUAAAGUUGACUUAUCAAAAUGUUGACGGCUUACUACUUUAAACAUACAAGUAGCACAAUAGAUGUUUUUGCCAUUUUAAGUCCUUUGAAAGGUGACUUUAAGUUGUGUGGUAUUCACCUCAUGUUAAGUUUAAGUGCAAGAUUAUUUUUGUAAUUUUUUUUAAUGCAUUUAACAAAGCUGGAAAUAACAGUUGGCUGAUGAAAUGCCAUAGUUACACAGAUAAUUUAAGGGUUUGAGUCAUGCUGGGACAUGGUGUAUAUGCCCUUAAGUGGCUGCUUGAAGUAUGCACUUUACUUUAAGAACAAUUUAUACAAAGAAAUGAUAUUGCCACUUACUUUUGCUGUGAAUUGUUGGCAUAACUUGGAAUUGGCUCUGUGACUUACAGUUGAUCGAUAAAUUAUUUCCAGCUCUGCAAAACACCGGUGUGUAAACAGACAUUUAUAACAAAGAAUAGCCAUCAUUUGGCUAUGUUUUCAAAACAGUUUUUCCGGUUCACUUCCCUUUUUUAUAUUCUUUACAGUACAAAUAUGUCCUUUUGGAUGCCUUGAGCUAAGUGCAGCUGUAUUUAAAUUGUAUAGUAUAAAUCUUUCAAACCAUAGCAGAGGUGUACUCUUUUUGUUUGAAUUUAAACAGUUCUUUUAAGAAAUUUUCUAAGUGGCCAAUGUUGUCAUAAAGAAAAAAAAUAAGGGUAGAGUGAUAGACUGUUUACUACACUGGUUAUACCUAGCACUAACAUAGAAUGGCAAUAAACUAAAAAAGAAGAACUUU